GUACAUAAGUGAAGCUUAAGAAAUGUUAUCAGUUACUGAAAAUGCUGCCAAAAUGGUAUCAUUUGGAACAAAUAAACAAGCACAUAAGUGUCGUGCUGAGUACGAGCACUCGUGUCGUGCUUGUACUACAAUCGAUUUACGGGCACAUCACUAAUUCUAUAAAAAUAAGCAACGGUUGGCAAUUUAUAAUAAACAAACGCUUUAUUCAAACAAAACAAUGUCCAUCUACUUGCAUUGUUUGACCACAAAUGGCGGCUUGCCCAUAUUUACGCGUAAAAAAGGAGAAUGCGAUAAUCUGCCUUUCUCAACAGUCGCUUCGUUGAAUGGGUUUCACAUGUUCUUCAAAUCGCUUGGCAUACAACUGCAAACCACGCACACUGAUGAAUGGACCUACAUUUGGCGCGACUUUCACAACGCAAUUACUUUCAUAGUAUGUGGGCGUGGCAUGGGCGAGCUUCAACUACAAACACUAGCCGAGCUUGCCUUUGGUGCCAUAGCGCUAUUCAUAAGUCGUGACGAGCUGGCACAUCCGGCACUCUUGGAACGCUUAAAAAAGGAUGCUAAGAAAUAUGUGCCCAUUGUGGAUGCUGCGCUGGAAGCGGCUAGUGCGGGCACAACACUUUUGGGAUAUACCGACUGCUUGUUGGCAAUGGAAAAUGCGCAUUUGUUGCAGCGCUUAAAUGAAUUUAGUUCCAAUUGUGGCUCAUUGUUCUGUUGCCUGAUUGUGGGUCAGCGUAUUGCUGUUGCUACCGAGGGCUGGUGGGAUCUGGACACUCUGGACCGAGAGCUAUUGCUGUUUCUGCUUAAUUCUUCCAGCAGCUUGCAACUUGAUGCGCCCGUCUACUUGCCACGCAAGAGUCCAAAUAUUGCCUUUCGAUUUGUCACUGUACCCGUGUCGGCCAACAGCGUGCUCUGUGUCUUGUGUGGCGCUGAGCCAGCCUUUCGUGAGCUGCAUGUAAAUGCAAUGAAUGCCUAUCGCAACGAGGCUAAUCUGCUGUCCAAUGUAGAGCGUUGUGUGCCACGCAGUCUGCCCGAACAUCUUGAUAUUGAUCCACAUAUAUUAGCCAUUAUAAUGAUCAACAAUGAGUCACACAAAAGCGUUUUUACGCGCAAUCUACAUCAGUCGGCUAAUGCUAAGCGUAUAGUUGUGGGUGAUCUGCAGCGUUUGGAUAUGCUUAAGAAGUUCUUUGAUCACACUUUGGAAACUAUGAAUGAACUGAAGACUUCAACUAGCGACAGCAGCGAUUUGAACAAUCCCAGCGCGUGUAAAAUGCUUGAUCAGUAUAGUUGCUCCGACUAUCACAAGUGCUAUGCACAUGCUGAUGAGCAGCAAAAUGUCAUCUUUCUAUUAUUCGUGGCCGCUCUGCCAACGCAUACUAUGAGAUUUCUUGCAAAACAGGUGCAUGCUAGCUUGCUGCAAGAGAAAGCUGUCUGUUGGUGAAUUUUAAUUUUAGUGUGCAAUAUAUUUUAUAAGACUGAUUUUUACCGUCCUCUCUGAUAAUGUAAGAUCUACAAAUUUUUUUUGUCUAACAAACCCUUUGUAACAUUAAGUCACUCUUGCCUCUUUUUGGCUGUUUAUCAAUAGCAAUGUUAAUUUCAACAUUUUCAAUUUAGUCACGCCCCUGGGUCGUUUGCCUCGUGCCUACAAAUAUUCAAUGUCAUGCUUGUUUAUUGCCACUUUGGUAGACUUUUAUUGGGUUAGU